AUGAAUGCAAGACAAGAACUACCAACUUUGGGUAGAAGAAUGGAAUUCUUACACCAGCCUGUCAAACAAAAGUAUAGAACAACUCAUAAUCUGGGCAAAACACUUAGAGGGUUGAAAUGGAAAAGCCCUACUAAAGAAACAACUACAAACAAUAAUCUAUACAAAUGUCUUUUUGACAAGAUGAAGAGCCAUUAUAAACAAUUCUAUAAUAUUAGAUGCUUGGAACCUAAGAGAAAGAAAGAUGCAUAUAAAUCUAUUAAAAAUCAAGGCAAUCAAAAAUGCCUUAAAUUAAUGGAAGUUUCUUCAGAACCAAUCCAUCCUGUUUUAUUUAGACUCUAUAACAAUAGUUAUCUAUAUCAAUCAACAAGGCAGAAUGGUGUCACCAAUGAUGAGUUAAAUUGCCAAAGAGAUAUGGAAAUUAUGUAUAAAGAGAAAUAUCAAAAUCCAAGCCCAACACAUAUCCAGAAACAGACAAAUACAAAACUACUUCAGUUGGAAAUAAGAACCACAGGCUUUAGCAAUAAAUACAUUAAUUUAAUCUUGAAAGAACUGGAAUGCUUAUAUGAACUCUCUGUGGAAUCUAAUACCCAAGACUUCAGCUCCUUGGUUUUCUUUUCUUUUGAAAUAUCUGAUCGAUAUACUAUUUAUACUAUCCAAAACUGCACUAGUACACAACAGAGAAAUUCUAUUUCAGAACCCCAAGUGGAAGAUUUGCAUCCAGAAGAUAUUAUUAGAUCAAAGCCUUUUCUAAAAGAGCUAUAG